UUUUUUUUUUUUUCUUUUUUUUUUUUUUCUCUUCUGAAUCUGGACUUCAACACAGCGCCUGAGACUGCUCAUCUGGACCACGCUGUAUUGCAAUACUCGCUUUUCCCAAAGAAAAAGACUCCACUGAGUAGCAGAAUGCUGCUAGUGUCACAGCUAGGGCUACAAUACAGAAUCUUUUUGUAAGAUUUUAAGAUCUCUUUCUGUUUGUAUAUUUAAAGAUAUAUACAUAUAUUCAGAUAUCAAUUCUUUCUUUUUUGAGGGUAUCUUUGGUUAUUUUUUUACCCUGAUGUGACUUCUUCUUCAUCUUGGAAUGAUGGGGAUCUUUCUAGCUUAUGUUGGAUUCAUUUUCUUUUCAGUUAUGUAUAUUCAACAAGGACUUUCUACCCAAGCAAAAUUCACUGAGUUUCCCCGAAAUGUCACAGCCACUGAAGGGCAGAAUGUGGAGAUGUCUUGUGCUUUUCAAAGUGGCUCCACUUCGGUGUACCUUGAAAUCCAGUGGUGGUUUCUGCGGGCAGCUGAGAACCAAGAGGCUGCAGCUGAGGUGACAGGCACUCAGGUGGAGCUGCUGCCCGAGCGGGACCUGGACAGCGACGGCACCAAGAUCAGCACAGUGAAAGUACAAGGGAAUGACAUCUCCCACAAGCUGCAGAUUUCAAAAGUAAGAAAAAAGGAUGAAGGCUUGUAUGAGUGCAGGGUGACCGAUGCCAACUAUGGAGACCUUCAGGAAUACAAGGCCCAGGCAUUUCUCAAAGUCAAUGCUAACAGCCACUCUCGGCGAAUGCAAGCCUUUGAGGCAUCUCCAAUGUGGUUACAAGACAUGAAACCUCGCAAAAACAUCUCAGCAGCUGUUCCAAGUAGCAUCCAUAACUCUGCCAAUCAGCGUGUGCGUGCCACAUCCAUCCCUGAAGCAGCAGCCAAAAUCCCCAAACAAAGUCCACAAUCAGGUGCGAGGAUAGCUACAAGCCAUGGACUUUCUGUCCUGCUUCUUGUUUGUGGCUUUGUGAAGGGUGCUUUGCUUUAAUCUAAAAGUGCUGACUUUUUCCAAUAUCACUUUCUCUUCUUAAAGCAAAGAGCAAAUCGCCUUUAAAAUCCACGGAGCGGACAGCAAAGUUGACCCUAACCUCCAACCACCACUCUGCACCCAAUGUACUCUAAAUCUCGACACAAGGAGCACCUUCUUCAGGAAGUACAAACAAAAAUACUAAAUAAAUAAAAUUUAAAAAUAAAUAUUAUGGAAAGAAGAGGAUAUCACAUUUUUUUCUUGAUAUAUCUUAUUUUCUUUGGCGUAUCACUGAUCUUUUAUUUGAAGAGAACUGGUGUGAUGUAAUCAAACAUUUUGUAACAGCAAGACCUAGUUUCCUUUUCUUUUGGCAAGGAGAAGCCUCAUCCUUGACUUCUCAGGGGUUGGCCUGCAAGUCAUCAGUAUUACAGAAUUAAACAUGGAUGACAUUUGGUUUCCUUCACUGAAAGGUGUUCAGCUUGGAAGCAGAGGCCAGAUAAUGAAACAAAACAUAGUACUUUAGCAUCAACCCAAAUAAAACUCCCCAGAAGCUUUAUCAAAAAGCCUGGGUUUUGUUUUUUUGGGGUUUUGGGGGGAUUUUUUGCAUGAGAAAUAGGAAGGAGAAAAGAAAUUCUAAAAAGCAGAUAAGCAGACUAAAGGACUUUGUUUCUGGAAAAUAAAUUAGGACAAAUGAGGGUAUUUUUCCUUUGAGUUAUUUGGGUUCAUGAUUAUGAUUAUUAUUAUUCCCCUGUGGUUGUUUUUUUUUCCUGUCUUUUUUUUGUUUGUUUCUCGAUGGUGGCAACUACUGACAGGCCAACCCCUGAUGAUUGCGUGGAGGUUUAUAUAUACACAUCCUUUUUUUUGGUGUGUGUACUAUAUUUCAAUGUGUUUUCUCUAAUUUUGCAACUCCUGUAUAUGCAAAACUAACUUAAAUUCUGUAAAUUGCUUACAGUCUGUGUGAUAUAACUUCAAAGUAGACAUACUUUGGUCCUCACGCAAGCCAGUUUUUAGUAUUAUCUAUAUGUCGUGCCACCAAUAGACAUCUUUAUUUCUUUUUUGACAAAACAUCACUUCUUAGUUUGUAAUUCAGUAUUGUGUGGAUUUUGUAAUACAUACUUUCACUUCCACCGGUUUGACCCCUUUCAGCCUUCUGUUUACUCUGUAAAUGCACAUUAAAAUUUGUUAUGGUCUCUAGACAAUGAAUUACUUUAGUUUUGUGUAUGUUGUGUUGGAGUUCAAAUGCUGAAAGCUCUUUUAAUUUGUGAUGUUUAUAAAGGAUGAAGCAGUUUGAUCAUUAGAGAUUGUAAAAUGCAGGUGUGCAGUGAAAUGCUCCAUGUGUGUAAAUGCAGGUUUUCAGUCAAAUACUGCAUGUAAAAGAAGGUUAGAAGGGGAAAAGAGAGAAAUAAAACAGAAUAUGACUUAAAGGAUAUUAUUUUAGUAAAGAGUUUUAGGAAAGUGAAUUUAUUACAUUGAUAAACUAUAUUCGUAUCACAGUUCCUUCUACAUGGCCAAAGAAGCGUCUUUGCUUUUUCUGGAAGCAGAUUGUCAUUCUUCAUUGAUAUUCUUAAUUAAAAUACUUUGUGAACUGAAUGUGAGAAUUUUGCUCUUGAAUGAACUAACAUGCAUUACAUGAAUUGCAUUAACUAAUGCAGGAAGGAAAAACUGCUACCAUUUGCAGCUGCAAUCAGAAGGUUUUUUUCUUAUUCUCCUCCUUCCACUGAUACUGAACAAUCCACACCCUUUAAUUUAUCUGUUCAGACAAUCAUGUAUACCACAUGCUUGUUAUGAUCUAUUUACAGCAGUGUUAAGUAGCUGCAGUGUGGUCAGCUGUGUGAUUUCUCCUCAUUUUUUAUGUAAUGUAGUAGGAAAAAAGAAAAAAGCAUGUUUAAUAUCUCACCAAUCCAUGGCCUACAGGCCUAAUGUUUUCUUUCCAAAUGCCCAUAAAUCCAAAGUCUUCCCUUAUUAAUUUCAGGGAGAAAGAACAAAUAGUAGCAUAAAAUCAAAAGGUAACAUGCUAAUGUUUUGGAAGAGGAUAACAUAUUUGUGCAAAUUUUGUUUCCUUUAACCAUAUAUUCUGUACAAUAAACUUGAUUGGGAAUAGUCAUUCUUUGGUUUUAGAAAAGUCUUAGCAGUAAUAAAGAGAUUAAGAAGUUUGGUUUAAUACAG